UAGACGGCGGGCGCAGCCUUACUGUUUCCCUUCUCGCCGCACGUGACCGCGCCGACGUCACCGGCGACAACAUGGCGGCAGCGCCCAAGGUUGUGUAUGAACAAGAUGGAGUAUUUAUUCAUUUGUGCUCUGAAAGAAUUGGUGAACAAGAUACACUUCCGGGAAUACUGAGGUUGAUUGAUAAGGGUACAGGAGCUGUUGUGGAUUGGUCACCAGUGGAUGACUCUCUGGAUCUUUCAAACAUUUUUUGUGCAGGCAAGGAUUCCAGUUCAGUUGUUGAAUGGAGCCAAUGUCCAAAAGAAAAAUCUUCCAGGAGUACUAUGCGCCAAAACAGUUGUGAAGCUGAAUGGGACAUGGUUAAUACAGUUACUUUCAAAAAGAAACCCUUUAUAAAUGGUGAUGAUGAUUCAACAUAUAACAUGAAUAAGAGAAGUAAAUGGGCAUUCUCCUUCAAUCUGACUGACCUGAAAUCCAUUAAAAAAAAUUCAGAAGGCAUGGGCUGGUCAUUCAUGGUGUUUUGUCUUUGGGAUGAUACCUUUCUGCCAGCUCUUCAUUUCCAUCAUGGAGGCAGCACGAUUCUGCUGCAGUGCCUUAAGAGAUAUGUUCUUCUUAGUGAAUCAUCUCAUGAUGACAGAGUACUCCUUGUUGCAUACAAUAGUAAGGCACUCUCUCAGUCUUUUGAAAACUUGUUUGAAGAGAACGCAGUUGGCUUGGUGCAAAAAUUCAAGAAGGAUCCAUAUACAACAACAUUAGGAGGCUUUUCAAAAGUUACAAACUACCUUAUGUAUGCAUUUCGAGGUUAUGAUGUCACAUCCCAACAAAGACCUGCAUCUGAAAUAGAUCUCACUGAAUCUAUUUCGGGCCUGGAAAUUAACCAUCAGGAGGAGCCAGGUUUUGAAGUCAUCACACGAAUUGAUCUUGGAACAAGGCCUGAAAUUCAAAGAGGAGAACCAGUUUCCAUUGAGAGGUGGUCACAAUGCAUGGACGCAGAAGGAAAAGUCCUAGAUCCAGACAAUGUGAAAAAAAUGAUAUUCAAGGGGGGUCUUUGCCAUGCAGUAAGAAGAUUGACCUGGAAAUUUCUUCUAAAUUAUUUCCCAUGGGAUAGUUCAAAAGAAGAUAGAAGAUUGUUAGCCAAAAGAAAAACAGAUGAGUACUUCAGGAUGAAGCUUCAAUGGAAAUCAGUCAGCAAAGAACAAGAGAAAAGAAAUACCAGAUUGAAAGAUUACAAGAGUCUUAUAGAGAAAGACGUCAACAGAACAGAUAGAACAAAUCCUUUUUAUGAAGGGCAUGAAAAUCCUGGAUUGAUUUUAUUGCAUGACAUAUUAAUGACCUACUGCAUGUAUGAUUUUGAUCUUGGGUACGUUCAAGGAAUGAGUGACUUGCUUUCUCCCAUACUGUAUGUCAUGGAAAAUGAAGUGGAUGCGUUUUGGUGCUUUGUUGCUUUCAUAGAACAAAUGCAUUGCAAUUUUGAGGAGCAAAUGCAAGGCAUGAAAACAGAAUUAUCCCAGCUUAGUACAUUAUUAAAGUUGCUUGACCUUGGGUUCUGGAAUUAUCUUGAAUCUCAAGAAUCUGGAUAUCUGUACUUCUGCUUCAGAUGGCUUCUGAUUCGGUUCAAAAGAGAGUUCAGCUUUCAAGAUACUCUUAGACUCUGGGAGGUUAUGUGGACUGGAUUACCUUGCCAGAAUUUUCAUCUGUUGAUAUGCUGUGCUAUACUAGACUCUGAAAAACAGAAGAUAAUGGAAGACCAUUAUGGCUUUAAUGAAAUUCUAAAGCACAUCAAUGAACUUUCUUUGAAGUUGGAUGUAGAAGAAGUACUUUGUAAAGCAGAGGCAAUUUACUGUCAAAUGAUGAAAUGUAAGGAUUUGCCGCAGGCUGUUGGAGAAAUUCUUGGCCUAAAGGAUAGCACAGUUAUAACCCCUGAUUUGGAAAUUAGUGCAUCUGAUACAGGGGUUCCCAAAAAUUCCUGGCGGGCAAACCAUUCAGAUUUUGCAGUGGCUUCCUUUACGCAGACAAACGAAAACUUAGCUGAACAUACGGACGCUGCUCAGAAUGGGCACAAGACAACCGCUGUAGAUUGAAGCUGAAAUCUGAAAUUUUGUAACCCCAGCCAAGUGACAUGCCACAAUUUGUUUACUUUUUUGCAAAAGUCUUCGUAGAUAACAUAUCAGUAUUUGGAACGAUCAGUGGGUCUUGAUAUAUUUAAGACAAGAAAGUGCAAGAUUAGUAUGGGGAAAUUCCCCUGUUGUAAUUCCAAAUGUUUUUACAAAACGAAUGCAAAGAAAGUGUACUUUUUCUAUUUACUUAAAACCAUGAGGGCCUUCAUAUGGAAAUGCAUUUUUCAUACUUCCUCAUGUCAAGCAUGAAUGUUGAAGAAUGGUAAUGAGGUUUUGUUUCAUUUUAAGAAAAUAACAAUUACUUUGUUAAUUCAUGAAUGCAUAUCUAAUUAGUAUCUGUGAUUUUAUUGAAAGAGGGUUUUCUCUCAAAAAUUGCUUCUGAAAUCAAAGAAAUUUUUGUGGUCUGAAUAAAAUUUAUAAUUAGCUUGUCCAAUCCAAAUAGGUGCUUAAUGCCUGUCUAAAAUGAGCACUUGAUGUUAUAUUUCAUCUUGAUCAAGAUUUAGGAAAACAAACAUUGUGGGUGGAGGGUUUUGGAUAAUGGUCAGCUAUUGGUUAAGUCUUCACAAAGCUUCACCAGACAAAUUUAUUCUUGAAAGAAAUCUAAUGUUUUAGAGCUACUCUACAGAUUUUCAUAGCGCUAACAAAAUUGAUUGCAAGUAUUUGUAAAAUGACCUGUGAAUAUUGCAAAUGAGACUUCAGCAACCGAAUAUUGUAUUGUACAGUGCUCUAGAGGAAGAAGUUGCUUACAAAUUUCGCUGCUGUGAUACGUGAUUAUAUGCAGUAUUAAUUAAAGAAUAUUCACCACAUUAUUACAUUAAAUCUGAGAGUACAAAACCUGAAGUUAGUUGAUGGCAGGAGCGUUCUUUUCAGGGAUUCUGUAAAGGUUUAGCUCUGCUAGAGAUUGUCAGAACUGCCAAGUAAGGUAUUUUUAUUGCAUUUAAUGGAAUGCUUAGUGGACAAAUAUCCCUGAUCAAAAUGCAAAACAAAAAAUUAUAUAAUCUUCUAAUCAACUGAGAAUAUAUGUUGAAAAGCAUAUUUUUAAGCUACUGCAUCUCCCAUCCAUACUCUAAUGUAUGGUUAAUAAUUAAAGCUUGUUCAAUAAAUGUAUAACUUGAUUUACUUUGAUUUUUACUACAAGAAGAAAUGUACAGAGGCACGAUUUCUAACAGUUGUAUAAAGCCUGAAAUUUUGUAUUUUGACUGUGUACAAAAGUAAAUGUAAUAUAUAACUCUCCUUUCUAACAAAUGUACUGUGUGUUCACAAGGGACUAUUUUUAGUACAAAUAUGUUUUGUUGCAAAGGAAAUCCCUGUUUGCACUGCUUUUUAUUACAGAAGACUCGAUCAUUUUACUUUACAAAGGCAUUAAAGUCAAGUACAUGGAAGAAAGGCUUAAAAUUACAUAAGUUUGUACGUUACCCAAUAAUAUAAAUGUAACACAGGAACUUUUAAAUUGAAAUAAACAUUCUUGAAGAGUUUAGUUCAAACUGAGUUUCUGGAAAAUGUUACUAUGAUAUCUCACAGACUAAAAAGCUCUGACUUAAACAAUAAUAAUGCCGUUGACUGAGCAGACACUACUUGGUGCUUCAGCUCUGGUACUAGCUCUACUUAUUUUGAGUUAAACUUAGAACAUUGGUAACCAUUGCAACAUCCUUGAUGCUUAAAAUAUUUAAAAUCUAUACUUUCUUAGAAUAUACUCUAUAUAUUUUUCUGUGCGUAAUAUGCCUUGUUUAGUACAUAAAGUGAUUUACCAUGGAUUGGGACAAUAUAGUAAGGCAGGUUGGAGAAGCAUCUAACACCUUUUCUGAGGGUAUUCAUCAGUUAAGAUCUUGACCUGCAUUUGAGGAGCAUGAGUGAUGGUGUUUUCUUUAUUGCCUGCUGCUUCCACUCAGCAUAUCUUGGUGUUGUACAUCAUUCACAAUAAUGAGACAUAAUAUAAUAUUUUCCAUGUGAAGGCCAUACAUAGAUAAGAGCAGUUUUUUGUCCUAUGUAUUUUUACAAAAAUGUCGUGAAAAGUUUUAUGAGGUGCCAUGCCACAGCACCUGUAUUCAUGACAUAAAUCACGGAUAAGCAAAAUAAAGCAAAAAUUAAGGCCAAGUUCAUAUCGGAUCCAUUUCAGUACAGGAAAGGCCAAUUGAAAUGAUGAAUGAUGGAAUACCUGGAUGUUGCCACUGAAGAAGACCUCCAUGUUGGGACAAGACUGCCAAACCGAGACCACCCCUCUGGGACAUGGUGACCACCAUGCUGGAACGAAUCUGCCCCUCCCAGGAUGUGGCGACUGCCUGCCAGUCUGUUAGGAUACCCAUACAGUAGACAUUAUGACAGGUAAAUACUGGAAACGGUUCUUCUCAGUUACUUCACAAUUGUUCCUGAAGGUAGAUCUUGUCUCCUUCUAAUCUUGAAGCAAAAUUAUCCCUGUAUGGAAAAUUUCAUGUUCUGUGGAUGAAUGAUAUUACAAUUGCUGUAAUCUUAGACUUGAUUGAAUGUUAUAAAAUGCUGUUCGUUCUCUCUUCUUUAGCCAAAGCAUUAAAUCUGGCUAAGGUUUGGACUGGUUCACUUAACUAAUAUGAAUUUAUUUGGAAUGAUAUGGAGAUAUGAAACACAAAAGAUACUUUAUUUCUUUCCUUUUUUAAAAUGUAUAUGCAGAAGAGGUUAAAGGAACUAAAUGGAUAACUGUCAGAGGAACUGGCACUACAGACCAAAUAGUUUCCUUCCUCAUGGAAAAAAAAUGUCUAUUAUUGAUUUAUAAAUCCUUAGUUGGUCCAACUAAACUUUUUUUAAGACUGAUUCCCCAGCAUUGUUUUCUUGAAAUUGCAUUAAACCAAGUUAUUACAUUGAAAAUUAAAUCCAUUUCCAUUUAUAGGUACACUGUUUAAAGCUUAUUUUUUGUUAAAGCUUUUUAAUGAAAGUUUUCCUUGUGCUAAGAGAAAACAUUUAAACACUUGCCGAAAUUUUAUUUAGUUUACACAAUUAUAGGGAGUUCAAGAAGAGUACUAGCAUGCUUUGAAGGCUUUAAUUUCCUGUUGCCCAGGAAAUUAGCACAUAUCAACUUCAUCUUUUGUUCAGUUUAUGCCUCACAUUUGUUCUUCUGUUGGUGAUAUUUGCUUUCUCCAAAUUUCUUAUUGGUUUAAAAAGAUUUAUUGUGCAGUAUUUCAAUAGCUAUGACAUACAUUUUCUGCCAUUUAUAAGGAAACUGCUUUUAUUAAAAAUGUGCCAUAAAUUCUUGACAUGGAAUAUUUUGUCUCUGUAGGAUGCUGUCCUUUUAGUUAUGUACAUAAAAUUGCAUUUAUCUCAACAAUUUAUUGUUUCACACAUUGUAAAAUGUGAAUUGAUAAUAUUGUAGACUAAAAUGAUCAGUUGUAUCUGCCAUUGCAAAAAACAGAGUUUCACAAUAACCUCAUGCUGUUCAGUUGAAACCUCAAACUUUUACUUCAGAAC